AACUUCCUGUUAAGAAAGGGCCUUAACGCCGAGUUGAAGAGGAGAGUGUCUCUCUGACUCCGCUCUCUCUCUAGACCUGCAGACAUCGGAUUGAAGGUUUUAUUAGGUGGAAACACACCAACAACUGGACCGACUGAUUAGACGACUAAGACCACGACAUAUGGUGUCUUAGAGCCGUUUCAACCCUUGGAUAUGGCGAGAUUUUUCGGACUAGGUCCUUUGAUUUUGGUCCUAUGCGUGGCUCUGUGUAAUGCGAACACUGAGACCACUAACCCCACACCUACCAGUGCAAAAGAUCUACCUACAGACACCACAGGAGUAGGAAGCUCUACUGAAACUACAGAAACAGUUCAGAGUCAGACAAUCCAAACAUCCUCACCCUCACUCACCCCCUCACUUCAACAUAACAACACAGAUACUGAAGGUAACGUCAUGUGUGUGUUUGAGUAUUAUAUAAAAUGUUACACAAUAUCAGAUGAUCAUCAGGUAUCUUUUACCGUAGUAACAAGCCCCUCACCCGCACGCACUCCUUCUCUGACCUCACAAACAGAAGAUCAAGAAGGAAGCGGUUCUGAAAGUAUUAAGUCGACUCAGACAAUCCAAACAUCCUCACCCUCACCCUCACUCACCCCCUCACAUCAACAUAACAACACAGCUACUGAAGUAACAAGCCCCUCACCCGCACUCACUCCAUCUCUGAUCUCACAAACAGAAGAUAAAGUAGGAAGCAGUUCUGAAAAUAUUAAGCCGAAUCAGACAAUCCAAACAUCCUCACCCUCACUCACCCCCUCACUUCAACAUAACAACACAGCUACUGAAGGUAACGUCAUGUGUGUGUUUGAGUAUUAUAUAAAAUGUUACACAAUAUCAGAUGAUCAUCAGGUAUCUUUUACCGUAGUAACAAGCCCCUCACCCGCACUCACUCCAUCUCUGACCUCACAAACAGAAGAUCAAGUAGGAAGCAGUUCUGAAAAUAUUAAGCCGAAUCAGACAAUCCAAACAUCCUCACCCUCACUCACCCCCUCACUUCAACAUGACCACACAUCUACUGAAGUUACAGGCCCCUUACCCGCACGCACUUCCCCACCGACCUCACAACCAGAAGAGAAAGGUGCAGAGAAUAAAACCACCUCACUUGCAAACACCACCUCCAGCAACUCCAGCACAGUCUUACCCUCAUCCACCACCAUCACCCCCAGCACAGACCCUGCAGAACCCAAAUGCAAUUUCACUGCUGCGAUGACUAAAUAUGGUGCAGAGGUGGAGAUUUUCAAUGGCUCUGAUAAUGCAACAUACACUGUCACGAUAAGAGAAACUACAAAGAAUGUGAUCACAAUAAAAGGCGUAAAGGAAAACGUCACAAUACCAUUUCAUCAGUUAAAACCAUGCACCAACUACACCGUUGAAGUAAAGAAAUGUUCAGAAUCCAGAAAUGUCACUUUUAACACUCAUACUGAUGAGAAAAGUGUCUCUCAUUCUGUGAAAUACCUGAAUGAUACAGUGGUCUGUUACAAAGAUGGAAAGUGGAAUUUGAGAAAAUGUGUUGAAAUAAAACAUGAAACCGCAUGCAAAACUCUGCCGUUAAACGUAACCCUUGACACAUGUAACUACACAAUAAUGGCCAUGUUGCCCCCAGACAAACCUAACAUAACCUAUACUGAAACAAUCCCCACUCAGUUUAUGUGGCAUAAUAAAUCACAGCACUGCAAUGACACACAAAUGCAAGUCAAAUGCACCAGAGAUUCGUGGAGUCGUACUUUUGCUUUAAAUCAGAAUGUGUCAUUUUUACCCAACAAAGAGUAUAAAUGCACUGGAGAAUAUCCUUUUGAGAAAAAUACCACCAAGAGUGAAGAGAUUCAAGUUAACAUAACAUGUGAUUGGCAAAAGAAUAAAUCAAGCCUAUUUAAGAAUAUUACAAGCAGAUCCUUCGUCAUGUCAUGGAAAUCACAGAAUGAUGAGAACUGCCCAGGGAUUGAAUUGUACUAUGAAGCCAGAUGCAAUAAUGGAUACGAUGGGAAAAACUGUACACAAAACAAGAACAAAACAAGUGACACAGACUGCAGCUUUCAUGGUUUGAAACCAUAUACUAUAUAUAAAUGUGAAAUUAGAGCCAAAGUCAACACCAGUGACCAAAGUGACACCGGUCACUACAUAAUCUCUACUGGAGAAGAAAGAACACUUCCCGACAAACCUAUUUUAAUAGAAUCAUUUCAGCUGGUACAUUUGCCAUCCCAUAAUUCAAUUAACGUAGAAUGCAAAGGCAUAAACCAAUGGAAUGGAGGAACGGGAAAUUAUAUAGCCAAACUCAAAAACAAGGGAAUAACUGAAAAAAGCGAAACUAAUAAGAGUUGUUCAUUCACAUUUAAAGACCUUUACUACCUAACCGAUUAUACAAUUGAGGUUACAGCCAAAAAUGAGCAAGGAAUUGUAUCUGACCCGUUACUUCAAAAGAAAUCUACUAAGUACUCGUUGUUUUUUCAGAUAACGACUAAGGCUGUUAUUGGAUUUCUGGCAUUCCUCAUUAUUUUGACAUCAAUUGCGCUUCUUUUUGUGCUGUACAAAAUCUUCAUCCUCAAGCGAAAGCGGAAUGAUAGAGAGGAUGAUGUAAUUCCCCUCAUACAACCGCUGCGUAACGUCGAGCCCAUCCUAGCAGAUAAUUUAGUGGACGCCUAUAAAAAGAAGGUUGCUGAUGAGGGACGUCUUUUUAUGGAUGAGUUUCAGAGCAUUCCCCGUAUUUUCUCUAACUACACCAUUAAAGAGGCGAAGAAGCAGGGAAACCAGUCCAGGAAUCGCUAUGUGGACAUUUUGCCAUAUGAUUAUAAUCGUGUUGUGCUCUCGACUGAUGCCGACAAUGACUACAUCAACGCCAGCUUUAUCGAGGGGUACAAAGAGCCGAAGAAAUACAUUGCAGCCCAAGGACCCAAGGAUGAGACCAUUGAUGAUUUCUGGAGAAUGAUCUGGGAGCAGAAGUCAUCCAUCAUCGUCAUGGUUACUCGUUGUGAGGAAGGAAAUAAGAGCAAAUGUGCGCAGUACUGGCCUUAUUUAGAGAGAGAAACUGAAAUAUACGAAGAUUUUGUAGUGAAAAUCAGAUCAGAGGAACACUGCCCGGAUUACAUCAUUCGCCACCUACUCUUAUCCAAUAAACGAGAGAAAGCCUCUGAAAGAGAAGUCACUCAGAUUCAGUUCAUAAGCUGGCCGGAUCAUGGUGUACCUGGAGACCCCAGUCUGCUUCUGAAGCUCAGGAGAAGAGUCAACUCCUUCAAGAACUUCUUCAGUGGUCCUAUCGUGGUCCACUGCAGCGCGGGGGUCGGACGCACAGGAACCUACACUUGCAUUGAUGCCAUGAUUGAAAGUCUUGAGGCGGAGGGCAGAAUGGACAUUUAUGGAUAUGUAGCCAAACUACGUCGCCAGCGCUGCCUCAUGGUUCAAGUGGAGGCCCAGUACAUAUUGAUCCACCAAGCUCUGAUAGAACAUAACCAGUUCGGAGAAACAGAAAUCCCGCUGUCUGAAUUCCACUCACAGCUCAACGGUCUCAGACAGAAAGAUGGAGAUGACCCCAGCUUGCUUGAAUUGGAGUACCAGAAACUCCCCAAGUUUAAAAACUGGAGAACAUUUAAAACAGCAAGCAGCGAGGAGAACAAGAAGAAAAAUCGCAUGUCGUCUGUUGUCCCAUAUGAUUUUAACCGAGUCCUGUUUAGACUGGAGAUGGAGCCCAACCAGACCAGCGAUCCAGAGGAUGAGGACGAGUAUUCUUCAUCAGAGGAUGAGGAGGAAUCAAAUGAAUACAUAAAUGCUUCAUUUAUUAAUGGUUACUGGUGUCCGAAGAGUCUGAUCGCAGCACAGGGGCCUUUGCCCGACACAAGAGCAGACUUCCUGCGGAUACUGUAUCAACAACAAACUAAAACAUUAGUCAUGCUUACCGAUUGCAAAGAAAAUGAGACGGAUUAUUGCUCGCAGUACUGGGGAGAUGAAAAGAUUGUGUUCGGAGAGAUGGAAAUCGAGGUGAAAAAGACGGAAAGUUUCCCAGCGUACGUUAAACGGCGUUUGGAAAUCCAGUCCACAAAGAAGAAAGAGGUGCUUGAAGUGGACCAGUAUCAGUUCCUCAGGUGGAAAAACAGUGAGCUUCCAGAGAACGCUCAGGACUUGAUGGAGAUGAUGAGGCACAUCAGAGAGAGCGGUGGUUAUAAUAACAGCAAAACCAACCGGAAUAUUCCCAUCGUGGUGCACUGCCAAAAUGGAUCUGCUCGUACCGGAAUCUUCUGUGCAUUGUGGAAUAUCAUGGACAGCGCAUCUACGGAGAAGCUGGUGGAUAUUUUACAGGCGGUCAAAAAUGUGCGCAGGGAGAGACAGGGAAUGAUCCAGACAUUUGAACAGUAUCAGUUCCUCUAUGAGGCACUAGAGGGCGCCUUUUCUGUGCAGAACGGUGGUGUAAAGUCCCCGGCUUCAGACAGUUUGCAAAUCAUCAACGAAACCCAGCAAGCACUCCUCUCUGAACCCGCCAGCAGUACCGGCCCAGACCAGAAGGAGGAGGAAAGCAAUGCCAAAGAGAGCACUGAGAAGGAAGACACUCCUGCCGCUGUCACAGAAACUACCAGCGCUGAACCAUCACCAGCAGAGGGAGCCAGUGAGAUAACCUCCACUGAGGGCACCACAAACGGACCGGCUGUCACUGUAGACGUUUAAACAACCUCUAAAAAGAUAUUGUGAUGGUCAGUAUUGUGGACAUGACUUGAGAUCAAACGUUGCUAGUUUGACUCCAAAUUGUCUUAAGGAUGAGACACCAGCUUGUCCAAGAUAGAAAAGGCUAUCAAAAUAGAUGGACAUUUAUUUCAUUUUUUUAUAUUUACUGUAUAUUAUCGGAACAUACGAUACAGCUACAUCGCUUUUUAACAGUUUAUAUCUCAGGUUGGAUUUCAAAUUUCUGUAUGAUGCUGUUUUUAUGAAAUAUGUCAAUACUGUUUAUUAUUAGUCGCAUUUCAGAUUGCAUUUUUGAAUGUAUUGUAAAAUAACACCUUAAAACACAUAUUUUCAAUAUUUUUGGAAGGCACACUGCUGUUUUUAGAUCUAUUUCAUUAUGUUUGAAAUUAUGAAACUGUUUGAUGGGAUUGAGUGUUUUUUGUAAAGAAAAAAUAGGGACAGAGAAGUCUCUGCUCUACACGGCUGUCAUCAAACUGCUUCAGUUUUCUUCCGAAUUGUGAAAUCUUAAUGCAUUUUUCAUUUUAAGCAGAUUUUUUAUGUAACUUAAAAAGGAAUAAAGGAUAUAGGCUUGAA